CUCCUCAGCUCAGUUCUUCACUCCCCUUGGGAUAACCUGAACUCAAGACUCGAUAGUCUCUGUUUGAAAUUAGGGCCAGGUAAACUCAGUUGGUUUUAAAUUUCUUUCAUUAUUUGGUUUGAAUUUCCUUUAUUUGUAAGAUUAAUGGAACAUUCACUUUGGGGACAUCUGCCAUUAUUGAUGAGAUCAAAUUCCAAGGAAUCAAUCGAAUACAUAUUUCAAGCUCUAUGGAGAACAAGAAAAACUGGUCUUGAUUCAACUGAUCGUGAUGUUAUCAAAGAUAUGCUCCAACUUGACCAUGCAAACGAUCUUGAUCCACUAUUGGCAUGUUUAAGAGUGUUGAUAAGAAGAUGUAUCAAUGAAAAUGAUAUUGAAAAGCUGUUUCCUCGUGAAGUUUCACCGGAAUUACAAAGAUUAUUAACGAUUCUAUUUCAGAAAUUUCAAGGAGAGUGGAGAAAUGACGAAUACAAGGAUCAGGGAAUUUUACCUCGUUUAAAGACAAUGACAUGGAACAUGGCAGAUCAUGACACAGAAUCAACAGAUCCUGCUGCAGUUAUAAAUUUGAAGCUCCUAGAUGAUACACAAUCUGUAUUAGGUGAAACUGAAGUGAAGUUCCAAGUGGAAAAAGACGCUCUACAAACAAUGCUGAAAUCCAUGUAUUGCAUAAGAGAUCAGUUGUCUAAUACGGGUGGGACUUCUAGCGGACAAGCUCAAGAAACUAGUAUACUAUAGUUAGUCAAGAUGUUUUUAAUUAGAGGUCAGAUCUUUAAAUUUUCGGUGACAAGUGCUGCUAGAGAUUGUAAGUCUGGUUUGUGAUGCGUUUGGACCAUGUAUGCGUACAAUUUUGUUCAAUUUAUCUUAAAAAAUCUUAGAAUA